AUAUUUUAAAAUAAAUGUAAUACAGAAUGUUAUAUUGUUUUAUAAAUUGUUUAAUAAUAUUAAAAUGUAUCGCUUUUGCGUAUGCUAUUAGUGGUGAACUCAAUCUAAUAGUCAUCUCAUUUGAUGCCUUUAGAUAUGACUUCCUAUCGAAAGAGUUGACACCAAAUCUAUAUAAUUUGGCAGCAAAUGGGGUCACAGGUCAUAUGAUGUCUAACUUUAUAACCAAAACAUAUCCCAAUCACCAGUCGAUAGCCACCGGUUUCUUCGAGGAGAACCACGGAAUCAUUAACAAUGAGUUCUUUGAUCCUAAAUAUAACCAGGAGUUUAAAGUUGGCAAACAUGUGCCCGAUUAUUGGUGGACAGAGGCACCGGUCACUUCAGUCUGGACUGCGAAUCAACUGUCCGGCCGCUCGAGUGGUGUAAUGCAAUGGCCGGGCGGUGGCGUGAAGUAUAAAAAUCAAACGGUGCGACACUACCAGCGCUACGAUCCUGACAUAGAGUGGCACAUCCGCAUGGAUACUAUUGUUCAGUGGAUGACUGAUAAGAAAGAUCCGGCUAACUGUGUGUUUGCCUAUUUCAAUGAGCCGGAUAGC